AUGAUCCCGUGGGGUGACAUCUACAAGGUGGUGGCGGCAAUGGCGCCGCUCUACUUCGCGCUGGGGCUCGGGUACGGCUCGGUACGGUGGUGGCGGUUCUUCACGGCGGAGCAGUGCGCCGCCAUCAACACGCUGGUGGUCAACUUCUCCAUGCCCUUCUUCACCUUCGACUUCCUGGCGCGCGCCAACCCCUACACCAUGAACUACCGCGUCCUGGCCGCCGACGCCGUGUCCAAGGCGCUGGCCAUCGCCGCCGUGUCAGCCUGGGGCUGCUGCUGCCGCGGCGGCAAGGCCGCCGGCGCGCAGGCCUGGGCCAUCACGGGGUUCUCCCUCGCCGGGUUCAACAACACGCUCGUCGUCGGCGUCCCGCUGCUCUACGCCAUGUACGGCAAGUGGGCGCAGGACCUCAUCGUGCAGAUCGCCGUCGUGCAGUCCCUCUUCUGGUUCCCGCUCCUCCUGCUGGGGUUCGAGCUGCGCAAGGCGUGGUGGGUCGGAGGCGGAGGCCGCGUGGGACCGGUGUCGUCGUCGUCUGCUUCGUCGUCGUCACCGCCACCGUCGCCGCCGCCCAAGAAGGACGCCGCCGCCGAGAAGGACGUCGAGAUGAACGCGGAGGAAACCGCCGCCGCCGCCGCCGGGACGACGAUCCGGCUGUGGCCGUUGGUGAGGACUGUCGGGCUGAAGCUCGCUGGGAACCCCAACGUGUACGCCAGCGUGCUCGGCGUGGUGUGGGCGUGCAUCGCCUACAGGUACGUACGUGGGACAGGCAUCGUGACGGGAUCGCUGGACGUCAUGUCCAAGACUGGCACGGGGAUGAGCAUGUUGAGCAUGGGGCUGUUCAUGGCGCAGCAGGAGAAGAUGAUCGCGUGCGGCUCGGGACUGGCGGCGCUGGGGAUGGCGCUGCGGUUCGUCGCCGGCCCGCUCGCCACGCUGGUCGGCGCCGCCGCCUUCCGCCUCCGCGGCGACGUCCUACGCUUCGCCAUCAUACAGGCCGCGCUACCUCAGUCUAUCGCGUCCUUCGUCUUUGCAAAGGAGUACGGACUUCAUGCCGACGUGCUUAGCACGGCGGUUAUAUUCGGGACGCUGGUUUCUCUGCCGGUGCUCAUCGCGUACUAUGCAGUGCUUGGCAUCUUGUAA